GGGACACCCUGUUAUAUUCUCGAAUUGAGAAACGGUCGUUCCUUCUAUCGAUUAUAAACCAAAUAGUGAUCUAAUAGGCUAACGUCGGCCAAGACAAACACAAUGGAUCAAAAUCAAUCCACGAAAAAUUACUAUCUCAACAACGAGGUGUCGACAGUGACCGGAAAAAUUGAAACUUGCGAGUUAUUUUUACCCGAAUUAUGGAUAAACGGAAUUUCGAAAAGCUCAAGGUUCCAUUCCGAUCCUGGUCGAAUCUAUUGAUUUAAUCCAGCUAAGUGGGCUAAGUGAUAGGUGUAAUGAGUUCUUCUCCUAUUCCCUUUUAUUUGACGGGAUAGAUAACGUAACACAAAUGGAGAUAAUUAUAAUGGAUUGUGGGACAAAUACUCGUACGAAUUCACAACAAUGAAAACACUGAGGUGAUUAGGUGACGACCUGUGUGAAAAAAAUGUACAAUGGCUAUCGCUCACAAAGAGAGCAGCUUCAAAUUGAUUAUCUCUCUGUUACUGGUCUUCAGUUACAUCGGAUACACCGCUCUGGAAGCAACGCCUCAACCGGAAAACCACCUUAUUUCAACGUUAGUGGAGAAGCCCGAAAGCAAGACGAAAAACAACAACACACAGUUGCAGAAAAAAGCCAAACCCGAGAAUCUAGAAAAUUUGCUCACAUUUCCUGAUGUUUUCACAAAGAUUCAAAUUCAAAGAAUGCCGGGGAAAAACUCUAGUCCAAAAGCCCGAAAGAAUAAAUGUAAAAUAGUCGUCGACGACUUAAAAACUAACAGCUUGGCAAAAUAUCUCGAUAACUUCUGUCGAAGAAGUGAAAAUUUCGAAUAUUCGGAAGGAACAACAGCGAAUAAUUCGGAAAAAUGCGAAUUGGUUAAAGAAAAUGAACAUAAAUAUAUAAUUACAACGAGAGACUCGAAGAACAACUACAGAAGUGAUCUUUUGGACAGGAUCUGCGGAAACUUUAGCUUGCUCAAGUCGUCAGAAUUGAACAACAUCUUCGGCAGUUCCUUUUGCCUGAGGAUCGCGGAAUAUUAUAUUGCAUAUCAGGACAGAAAAUGCUGUGUAGGAAGUUUCAGCUUCAUACCCGAAGAUGCCCUUCAGACCGAAGCCGUUUUGAUAUGGGCAAAACAGAGCGGUUUCUCCUACGUCAUUCUAUCAUUUUACAUCCUUUCCUUCGUUAGCUUGUGUAUAAUUUUCGUGAGUGGUUUAGUGUCCAGAAAAUACAGAGCGGAAAGGGGAAAUCAAAUUUUGAUCCACUUCGCCUUUUCCAUGUUCGCCCAAUUCGUCCUGCACAACGCAGCAUGCUGGAUAAACGUAACGCCUUUAUUGUGUAAUCUGCACAGCAUGCUCUCCCAAUAUUUCACAUUGGUAGAGUCGUGUUGGACGUCCAUUAUAGCCUACUUGCAGUUCAAGAGAUUCGUGAGAGUCUUCGAUAAGGAGCCCAAUCACCUUAUACUCAAAUUAUGUGGGAUAGCCUACGUUUUUCCAAUCCUACCGAUAUCUCUCUGGAUGAUCUACCACAAGACCGACACGCAAAUGAUGAAUUACCUCACAUUCGGCCUGCCGGAAUUUCUUAUCCUCCUAAUAAACUCCACCCUCUUAAUACUGAUAACGAGAAAUAUAGUUUUCGUCAAGAACGAGUACAUAGAACAUAAGAAGAGUCUGUCGAUGGAGGUGAAACUGAUUUUCUUCUUGUUCUUCGUGCUGGACUUCAGCUGGUUCCUUAUCAUCUUAGCGGAUCUAACCGCUAGUGUGUUCUUCAUUUAUUUAUUUAUUAUCACGCAGUCAUUGCAAGGUUUCAUGCUGUUUUUUGUGUUUGGCAUCAUGAACGAUCAUAAUCGCCUGAUAUAUAAGAAAUUCUUGUCGAUAUAUUCUAAGAAAAUAUUACUACGGUGAUACUGCAAUAAUUACGUUUUGUAAUGAAAAAAUGAAAUGAAAAAAAAAAAUGAAUGGAAUUGAAGAACAAUCCACUUCUCUUAUGUCUAUUAUAUCCUACAGGGGCAGAUCUAGGAAGGGUGGCAGACGUUUGUUUCCCUCUGGAUGGUAGUGGAUAAGUUGACUGCUGUUUUCCCUAAUAACAAUCAUAAUAGACUUCAUUUCCACCAUUCAAGUUUAAACCAAGUAAAAUACCUCAAUGAAUUAAUUUCAGAAUUACACUCUACAUAAUACAAUCUCUAUAUGUAAAAAUAAACCCCUAUUUCCCUCGGUCAUGCCGUAACUUGAGAACAGAUUUUAUUUAUCUUUUUGUAUGUGUUUUGUUACUUUGUGAAAGGUUCUUAAGGAGAGAAAAUGAAAAAAUAAAAAUUGAA